AUGACCGGUCAGCAGCUGUUUGUUAUCGCGUGGCUCUUAAGUGCCGUGUGUAUUCGAGACUCCACAUGUCAAACCAGGGUGUCUCAAGCCACCAUAGACUACAUCGCUUCCAGUCUGAACGUCACCUUCCAAGUGGUCAACAACCUGCUGCAGCAGGACAAUUUUACAGCGGACAUUAUUCUCACCAACACCGGUAACAUCGACAUCCCGACUGGCAACUGGCAGAUCUACUUCUACAGCUUCUACGACGUCGAACCCAGCCACCUCGACCACCGGCCCGCCGGCUACAUCAUCUCGAGGUAUGGCAUGCGUUUCACUCACGUCAAUGGCGGACUGUAUCGCAUGGAGCCGACGGACGAUUUCGGAAGACGGCUCGCCGCCGGAAGCGAGCUGAGAAUGAGGCUGCUCUUCGGCGCUUGGUCCGUUGCUAGAAGUGACGUGUUGCCCAACUGGUACGUCACAGCCGAUCUGAUGACGCCGAGAACAAUUAGGUCGACCGCUGGAGAUGACGCCACGUUUGUCGGUGAUUUUCUGACGUCACAGCAGUGGAAGCGGUUUCCCGGUGACGUGUACAACCCAUUUACGCCCAAUGAAAGGUUUAGGAUUAACAGUGACGUCAGAGAUCUGGGAAGAGCGGUAAAUGCAAUCAUCCCGACGCCGUUUCAGAUAACAGUUUUCGAAAACCAGACGCUACCACUGCGAACUUGUUGCUGGACCAUUGUGAUGUCGGAUGUUCUCUUCCAGAAUGAGGCACUGUUCCUAAGAGAAUCCUUCUUAGAGAAUGGCAUCUCUCUACAAGGUCCAGUGCCCCUAGUAGGAUCAAACAGGGGACGACCAAGGACUCAGUACAUCGACUUUCUGUUCGCUUCCACACGGGAGGUCAGCAACCUGCGGAUGGGUCCUUCUCAAGAGGCGUAUCACCUGACAGUGGAUCCGCAAAGACUCGCCAUCGAGAUUCGAGCCCGGUCUCCCGUCGGCGCUUUCUACGGCGUCCAGAGUCUUCUGAGUCUCGCACGAGGCAGCGCGCGCUUCGGAGAUGUCCCACGCGCCAUCGUGAACGAUUACCCAAGGUUCCCUCAUCGAGGCAUGCACGUGGAUACGGCCAGGAACUUCCGGCCGAAGGAGGAGAUAUUCAAGCUGCUGGACGUGAUGGCUAUGUACAAGCUGAACAAGCUGCAUUUCCACCUGUCUGAUGACGAGGGGUGGAGGCUGGAGAUACCAGCAUUACCAGAGCUCACGCAGAUCGGCGGCCGUAGAUGCCAUGACCUUCGAGAAGAAACGUGUAUCCUUCCGCAGCUGGGAUCGGGGCCGUACAACAACACUUCCGGUUCCGGUUUCUACACGAGCCAGGACUACCGCGAGAUCCUGGACCGCGCCACGCGCCGCCAUAUUGAAGUGAUUGAGGAGUUCGACAUGCCGGGCCACUCGCACGCCGCCGUGGCCGCCAUGAAGGCGCGAUACAACAGUUUCAUGGCCUCCAGGAACUUCGCCGAGGCCGAGAGGUUCGUCCUGCACGAUCCAGGCGACCGGACGCUGUAUCUCUCCGUGCAGAACUUCAACGACAGCACGAUCAACCCGUGCAUAGAGUCGACCUAUACGUUCGUGAGGGUCGUGCUGCGAGAGUUGGAUGCGCUGCACCGACGUAGCAAUCCGCUGAGGCGGUACCACUUCGGCGGAGGGGAGGUCCCCGAAGCGUUCGUCAACUCGAGCUUCUGCCAGAGGCUGGGUCAGGAUCGGGAUGGUAUCAGGCGAUACUUUGCUCAAAGACUGGCGGAGAUGACCGCCGAAAUGGGUGUGCCUCUAUCGGCGUGGGCGGAUGGCCUAAUGGACUCUCAGGGACAACCGUUCCCAAGAACUGGGUUAGCCAAUGCGAUGUACGCCCUCCCUUGGAACAACGUGGCGGACUGGGGCGGUGCCAACCAGGCUUACAAGCUAGCUAACGCCGGCUAUAGGGUUAUUUUGUCCCUUGCCACCCACCUGUACUUUGACCACCCCUACGAGCCGGACCCCGAAGAGAGGGGCCUGUACUGGGCCACCCGAUACACGGACACUCGCAAAGUGUUCGGGUUUCUGCCCGACGACGUCUACGCCAACGUGAACACCAUGUUGAACGGGACGACGAUCACGCGACAGGAGUUUUGCAGCCAGGACCCCGAUAUGUGUACACCGCUUACAGCGCCAAACAACAUUGUAGCAUUAGUUACGAUGUGUUUAUUGUUUUACAUUUUGACACUAGGAAUUCAGGGACAGAGUUGGGGUGAAACGGUACGGACCAACGAGCAGAUGGAAUUUAUGAUCUUCCCGCGAAUGUUGGCGUUGGCGGAAAGGGCGUGGCACAAAGCAUCAUGGGAGUCUGAGAACGUGUCCCAGCUACGCGACGAGGCGUUGCGACGCGACUGGGAGGCCUUCGCGAACACUCUCGGCUACAAGGAACUCAGACGAUUGGACGAUAUGGGGGUGUUGUACCGAGUGCCGCCACCAGGGGUCAGGUAAAUCACAGCAUCAACUAAUUAUCUU